UAUAUUUUGUCUAAGCGAAUUAAAUUCUUUUUCAUUUUUUUUUCUUGUUUUGUGUGCACCUUCGUCAAAGACCAAGAAUGUUUACUUUUUAGUCUUUGGUUUGACAGUCUUGGUCUUACAGAUUUGGUCUGACAGCCUUAUCAUGGAUUUUUUUCUUUUCUAGGCGAGGGAUAGGAUACAUCACCUUCCUGGGUAUGAUUUGUUUAUUCUUAGUAAGAAAAUUUGAUUUGUUUUAUCAAAUUAUAAUAUUUAUGCAUUGAUACCAACAAGUUUAAAAUCAGGGGGGGGGGAAUUAGUCAAGGGGGAAAUGGAACAAAAAAGGUUGAGAAACACUGACCUGGAGAUCCUCAUGGGGUUCAUUUUCCAAAUAGUUCACCCUUCAAGAGGAACAUAUAAAAAUUUUUGUGUCUGCACGAGAACCACCCCAUCACCGCCGUGCUAAUUUAGUCCCUAUCAUAGCAAGAAUCAAUUUACAAAGCAUAUACUUCAUUCUCACGGGGUGGUGGUGGCAUACAGUCUGGUUAGAACCUGUUGUUGACAAACAUUUACUUUUCGUCCUUCGAGCGUGACACACACCACCUCCGAUAGUGCAAUGCUUUUCGCUACAAAAUCGGCAGGGUCCUUGAAAAAGGGCCCCAUUUUGGUAGUUCAAGAAGUGAAGGAAGAAAGCCCCAUCCCGAAUGAUUGUACGGCGCACGUGGCCCUGGCACCGAUUAUCCUGUUUGGGCAACUGUUUUCGCUGAUGCCUGUGAGCGGGUAUUUUCACCGCACUCCGGACAAGUUGGCGUUCAGGGUCAGAAGUUUGCGCUUUCUGUACUCUUGUGUGACGCUGUUUGGAAUAGUAUCGAUUGUCGUGCUGUUUUUGAUGUACUCCAUCCGGCGUGGAGUACUCGGGCUGAGCAGUGCCGCAACUUUCAUCUACUACACGGUGAUUACUCUGGCACUGAUAGAGUUCAUGAACCUGGGUAGAAAUUGGCACUGGAUUGUCGCCUACUGGACGGAACAGGAAAAGCCCUUCCUGUACUACCCGUACAGUACUCGGAAGGGACUCAAGCUGGACAAGCUGGUCAAGUGCGUGGCCUCCGCGGUGAUAUUCUUCGCCUUUGUCGAGGACAUUAUGAACUUCAUAUCGGCGUACAAGCUCAACGAACUCCACAUCAAGUACUGUUCCCACAGGGACGACUUCUGGCGGAAUUUUUUCCACCGGGAGCAUGCCCACAUCGUGAAGGUCAUUCCGUACCACACGGUCGUCGGAGUGGGCAUCGAGCUGAUGAUGAGGGUGGCCAAGUUCACCUGGCACUACAUUGAUGUGUUUAUCAUUUGUGUGUGUCUCUCGUUGGAGAAGCGAUUCGGGCAAUUUAAUAGUAGGAUUGAGCGGUUCAAGGGAGUGGAUCAACCGCCGGAAGUGUGGCGCGAAAUAAGGUUGGAUUACUUGCGGUUGAGUGAGCUGGUCAACUUUAUGGACGAUCGGCUGUCGCGGAUCAUCCUGAUGUCCUGUGCGAACAACAUGUUCUUCAUUUCGGUGCAGUUGUAUAAUAUUUUUGAACUCAAACCCACCCCGAUGACAUCGGUCUAUUUCUGGUACUCGCUGCUCUUCCUAAUGAGCCGCUGCUUCGUCACCCUGUACAUAUCGGCCUCCAUCUACGAAGCCUCACUGAAACCCCUCGAACUGCUGCGGGACUUUUCCACCCUGAACUGGAACCUGGACCUGCAACGUCUGCUGGACCACAUCUCGCUCAAGAACAUCGCCUUCUCCGGGAAGCGCUUCUUCUACAUCACCCGACCGCUGAUUUUGGCUAUGGCCGGCACGAUCGUGACGUACGAGCUGGUUCUGCUGGACCAGGUCUCCAAGGAUCAAGAUACUACCAAGGAUUGCAACUUUUAAGCUCUUUUAUUGAAGUCUAAAUGUGUGUUUUGGUGUGAUUUGGUUUUGACAAAAGGUUUCAACAAAAAUACACUCAGUUUUCGACCAG